AUGAGCAUUCUUGACAAGCAAGUUUUCAACUCAAAACAACUUGGUCUCUACGACUAGAAGCUCAGACAGCUUGUAGAUGAGUCUUAUGACUUCUGCCUUUACAGAUGCGCUGAAAAGCCAGGCAACAUCUAGACCUGCAAGGAAAGUUGCUUCAAGGACAUAAUUGUGCCAUUCAGGUUCAAGAAUCACGCCUCCAGAGAUGAGGAGGAUAAUCUUUAUAGAAAAUGCCUUGCUCAAAAAUUCCCAAGUAUUAAGCAUGAAGAUUAUAUUGAUUGCACUAACCUCCUUCAUAAGGACAGGCUAAAGAUGAUCGGAGAUCAACUUGUCAGCAUCAGUGAAAACACACUCAACAUCAUUCACUGA